UGUUCGUUACAGUUUUAUUACGAAAUUAAAAAUGGAAGUGUCUGCAGCUGUGACCUACGAUUUAUGUACAAAAAUCAAUAUUAGUGAAACUUACCAGGAUAUUAUUCCAUAUUCAUCGGAAAAGGAGCCCUCCCAUUCCGCGCGAGUGGGACUUCUGAAAAGACGCAAACCACUCGAUAAAGAUGCUUUGCUCGCCGUGAAGCUCGACCCGGCUGUGCUAGAAGCACAGGUGACUUUGAAGAAGGAAGACGAAAAUCCAACUCAUGAAAGUCCGGCGCUGGUCGCUACAAAGGGAAAAGAUGAACGAGGCUACCCGAGCUACGAGGAAGUGCUGUCACUGCAACAAGCUGCGCUGCUGGGACUAACACCGCAGCAACUUAUGCUGCUCAUGGCAUUUGUUGACACACUGCGUCGUCAGCGGCAGCGCACACAGAAACAUAUGGAAUGCGCGUUUUGCAAGAACAACGGCUCCCCGGCUUCAUGGUACGGGUCUCACAUACUACGCGAUCGUAGGCGCGUGCGCUGCCCCGUGCUACGCGCGUUGCACUGCCAUCGCUGUGGCGCCACUGGCGAUAAGGCCCACACGCCUAAAUACUGCCCUGAGAAUCUUUUCUCAGAUUCAUGGAGUUGCCCUUGAAUGACGUUGUCAGAACUUUGGGAAGAUUACACCAUUUUCCAGAAAAUAAAUUACAUUUUAAGUACCUCUUC